GUUUGAGUGACAGUGACAUUCGAAGACAGCGACAAGUUCGAACUCGAAGCAAUGUGAAAAUCCAAAAAGAAUGUGAUUUGGAUCAAGAAAUGACUCAUUGUGUUGUCCGAAAUGUUUAUCAAAUAAACCGGCUGAAGAAGUGACUAGUGGCCGCGGUUAAUUGUCCAUUUAAUCACCAAUUAUGGCGUACGUGAACGUGAAAGAUUGGUCAGUGGACCAAGUGACCGAUUGGUUGAAAGGUGAUAAAGCGAUGAUAAAAUUAAAUUUCCUGUAUACAUUGUUCGUCUUUUAGGUCUCGACAGCGUAAUACUCCAAUAUAAUACUUCCUUUUUAAAUAACGGCGUUACUGGACAUCAGCUUUUGAAUUUGAGAGCGGAUGAUCUUGAACACCUUGGCGUCAAGACUUUGGGCCAUCAAGAAAUCAUUCUAGAGGCUGUGGAGCAUUUGAGGAAUUUUCAUUUUGAGUUGGACAAAGAAAAUCUGCAAACCUUAGCUUUAAAGCUAUCAUGUGCAGCAAAUUCUUUGUACAAGGAAUUACUAUUAGUAGAUGACAAUUGCUCAGUUCUCCAAACACAAGUCAUGGCUGAUGUUCACACAAUCAUUACCACAAUCAAGCCCUUAGUAUAUUGGCUUGAUAGGUCUCCAUUUGCGGGUGAUAAAGAUUAUAUAGAUUGCAAAACAAAUCUAUUACAGUAUGGUUUUGAAAUGGCAACUAGUGCCAAUAGGGGUAUUUUUUCUGAGCAACCUGUCUGUACUAUCAGAAAAAUAUGCAAGAAGUUAGCAAUAAUUGCAGACCAUAUUAUACAGGAUGUUAUGGAUCCCAUGAUAUUACAACCAACAUCCUUAGAUCUGGCAACAUUGAAGAAGAGGGAACAGGAACUGGGUUUUUUUAUUCUUCCAAAUAACCAUGCGGUGCAUCAAAUUGCUGAUAUAAAGCAUGGUUCUCCUGCACAUAGUAGCUCAAAAAUUGAAGAAGGGGAUGAAAUUGUCCAGGUGAACUAUCAGACAGUAGUUGGAUGGCAGCGUAAAAAAGUCAUGAUGCUGCUACAAGAAUCACCCCCUGAAAUUGUACUAACAUUGAGAAAAAGGCCAAGACAUACAAAAGUUUAUGGUCAGAUCUACAUGAAACCCUACAGAUUACCAUCUAGAAAAACUAAUGGCCAGACAUGGUCUUCAAGGUGGAAUGAUAAUAUUCCAUCACCUAGGUUAUUGCCAAUACUUGACUUACCACCUAUAAAAAUUUCUAAAACUGAUGAAAGUAAGGAGAUUCAUGAUAUAGAAACAGAACUUAGCAGCAGUGAUAGUGAACCGCCAGACAGUCCAUUGGAUGGCAGCUGUAGAAUGUAUCCUUUGAAGCCAAGACCAAUACUUCAGAGAAGGAAUACCAUUUCUGGAGCCACACCUACCAAUAAAAGGCCAUAUCCUUCUCUUGACCAGUAUUGGGAUUUCAUAAAAUCGCGUUCGAAUACCGCCCAUUCCAGUACGUGCAACAUAAAUAGCGUCAAGUUCGAGCAAGAUUCAAAUUUCCUCAGAGACAAAAGUGCUUCUUGCAAUGUUGGUCUUGAUCUGACACCUAGACCUACGACUGUGAUUGGAUUGGGACAAAAUAGCUCGCAUAAAAAGAGUUUUAAGGAUAAGGCACUCAAGAAGAAGGUCAACUUUGAGGAAGAGAAAGAAAAUCAGAAAAAGCAAGAAAAACCACCAACAGCGCUCCAACCAACAAAUCUGAGUACCGAAAAAAGCGUAAGCGUCAAUAGUUUAGCAAGCUUGAACAACGAGAACAUAACAUUCAUAGAUGAAGGAAGAGACUUGACAGAUCGAACGAGUAUGGCUUUGAACUGGCAAAAAGAAAUUGUCGAGGAGAUAAUUGAGACAAUCAAAAUGAAACCUGUUGAAACUAAACCCAGCUCGGUGAUCGAGAAGGAUCCAAUUUUGUCAGAAAUCAACGUACACAAUAUCAUAAAAAAGUUCGACGAGCAAAAACAUGAUAAUUUGGCUAGACCAAAAGUGUUACCUAGGUCUUUGGUGAAGAAACCUCCUGAUGUACCUCAGAAACCUGAAGGUAAAGUGAAACCGGCUGUUCCCCCACGUAGCGCUACAACGAAACUCCGAGGACGUUUGGACAAAAGUCACAGCACUCCAGCAUACGAUCUUAGCGAGGAUCUUCCAGAGAAACCUGAAACGUUGCUCAAAAGUGUUGCUGAAAGAAAACUUGAAUCUCCUAAUGAUUCACGCUCUGCGCAAAAGGAUGCCUUGAAUGAAUCUGACAGCAAAACCUCCAGCGAAUCCAAAGAAAAUGCAUCAUCUGAAAGAAGCUCUGACACUUCUGGAAAUAUUUCGGAGUCUUCAAGAAACAACGAGACUGCUGAUAAGCCAAAUUUGGAAAAUAUUGAACACCAAAUGAGUGGUGAUUCUGGGGUUAACACAUUUGAUACAAGUAUUGAAAAAUCACAAGAAUAUCAAAGUGAAACUCAGUUUGAAACCAUAGCAUCUGCUGAAGAUAUCAAUACUAUUGGCAUACCUGUUGUCAGCUCAAGUUUCGAGAGGCAUGAAUAUCAUGAAAUUAUAUCGUCAAAAGUUGAAACCAAUGAACCUGAGGUAAAGAUAUCUGAUGUACCACCUAAACCACCCCCAAGAAAUAUUGUAGAUAUCAGUAAACCAGCUUAUCCAGCAGACUCACCAAAACCAAGUCUUCCAGAAGUACUAAAAGGUGGCAAAAAUGAGCCCUCCAAGCCUGUUUUUGAAUUCCCAGACACUUCACCAGUUGAAAAUUCUUUACCAACUAGCAUUCAGGUGGAAAUUCAUCCAAAACCACACCACGAUGAUAAACCACCUUUGACACCAAGAAGCUUUGACCCUAAAUCAAUUUCAACACCUGUCACUAAAACAAAAAUGGGAUUCGAAGCAGACACAAUAUACAAGGCGUCGCCUAAUUAUGAAGUACAAAAAAUUUCAACUGAAUCCAAAGUUUCGCCCACUAACUCAAUUGUCAAAGCAAUGAUUUCUGGCAAAGGGAAAUCUUUGAAAAAGAAAAACAAUGUUAUGGCGAAGCGUAGGAGAGUUAGUGUGACGGAACUAUCUCCAGCAGACAUACAGGGAUAUUUGUAUCAGAGGUUAAGAGGGAAACAUAAUCAAAAUGUGCAUUGGGAGAAAAGGUGGUUUGUUUUAUUAGGAAGCUGCUUAUAUGGUUUCAAAACGAAGGAGGACACUAAAGCAGCUUGCCUUAUAUUUCUUUCUGAAUUUACAGUUGCUGUAGCUAGCGAGGUAAAAUCAAGGAUGAACGCUUUCAAGGUGUACCAUACCGGAACCGUUUUCUAUUUUUCCGCAGAUGACGCGGAUACGUUACAACAGUGGAUAGAUUUAAUUAAAGUGGUUACAUUGCAUCAUGAGCCAUUGAAACAGUUACCAAGUACACUAUACUCAGAGACUGAAGAUGAGCUUGAUGACGAAGGUAAAAUUAGUGACAAGAAGAGGCCUCCAGAUAAAUCAGACUCGCUAAAAAAGUUUGGUUCCCUCAAGAAAUUUAGUUCAAAGAAGAAUAACGACGCCAGUCACACCGGAAGUACAAGUUUGGAUAGAAAGUGGUUUUUCAAUAAGAGUAGUGAGAAACCUAAGAAUUCCUUGCCUAUACCAACUGCACAGUUUAGGUCAUACAGAAAAAUACGUUCUAGCGAGUCAAGCAGCGUUACCACAGGAAACUUUACCUCUCAUGUGCCUUUUUUCACUCCACACAAUUUAAGCAAUGCACCAAAUUCCAGUAUCCCCAACUUGACAAUGGAGGUGACUACGCAAGAUCAGGUACACUCUUCAAAGCUGAUGAAACCAAAACCUAUAAACUACAUUCACGCCAGUAAUCCAAGCCUAUGCAGUACUGGUGAUUAUGACGCUGGUCUUCCACCAAGAGCCUUCAAUAAAAAGCCUUUCAAGCCUUGUCAAGAGAAUUUGGCUGGGCUAAUGACCUUGGAGGAACUGAUGAUCAAGCAGACAGAAGAAAGGAAAAUGAAUCCUCAUCAUAUUGUUGAAGAGGUCACCAAAGGAUUGCAAAUGGUCAAACCAGAUGUCGUUUAUGGAGAAGUUCCAAUCAGAUCCAAGGUAUCAGAAGAAUCUUUGGAAGUGCAGUCAACAUGCUCAAAGUCAAAGUCUUCCAGCGAGAAACAUGGUUCGAGCAGUUCGUGUUUCGGAAAACGACUAGGAUCCCUGAAGAAGAACUCGAAUAAGACCGAAGAAUUCGAGCAUAAAAAUUCGACUUACCCAAAAACUACAAAAGGUUAUGAUCAGAAAGUGAACAGAUCACUGCCGAGGACCCAUAAGAUGUUAGAUAGUUAUACUACCUACGAAACAGAACAAAGUAUUUCGAAGUAUAAAGAAAGAAGUUAUGAGAUGAUUUAUUGUCCAGAAACUACCAAUGAUGUGCAGUAUGCUAUGAAUCGUACUUUGGAUGAUACCAUGUACCAUGAUGCGCCGAAAAAAGGACUGAGUUUGAAGAAACAACACAGCUUUACUUUGGCUGAUAAGAAGUCGAAAAAGGUGCAUGAUUCGUCUACUUCGAAGGUGAAAUUGAAGUCGGCUAUCCAGUACACUCCAGUAUCGUUGCCUCUAAGUCAGGAUCCAAAAUCCAAACCAAAAUUCGCGUUCGAAUUGAACUUGGAUGAAAAAUCCCAGAAAGGCGGAAAAUUGAAAAACAUGUUUGGAAGCGGAAAAUCCGAAGCGAAGAAAGAAAAAACUUUUUUAGGUUCACCUAAACUGCACAGAGCGAUUUUCAGGAAACAUAAUUCAGGACCGGAUACCACUUGGCCUACAACUGCAUCAACUACUCAGGUGGUGCCCAUGUCUGAGAGUACGUACGACAUAGAGACGCCAGCGCCACCUAUCGUUCCAGAAACAUUUCCUAUGAACAUCAGCCCUCAUGUAGAUUACCCAGGAUUAGAAUAUCCUCCUGUUUUUGAACCUGAAACAUACUCACUGGCGAACCCUCAGACAAGUCUGAGUAUACUUCGGAAACAGAAUAAAAAUCUUUAGCUGAAAGUUAGAGGUAUAAUCAAUAAAUAAUAUAUUGCUUAUAGCGCUCAGAGCCAUAAAGGUAGGCGAAAUAUAUACCGUACCAUAUUUUUUCUGCUUUGAACUUUCAUUAAAGUUAUAAAAAAAUUGACAAUGACAUUAUAAAGUAUGUAGCUCUGUAUACUCGGGGUGUCCAAAAUCUGUAAAAUUACUAUAGUCACUAAAAUAAAAAGUGAUCCGAGGUUGUUAAAGAAAAACGCCAAGAGGCAAAUUCUUGAAAAGGAGGUAGUAUAAUAACCAAUGUAUCUUCGCUUCCCCCGGUCAUUAUCUUGAUAAAUAGCACGAGAAAAAGAAACUUAUUUGCUAAAAAUCAACAGCAGUAGAAUUUCAGAUGAUUCCCCAUGGAGCAUUGCCUCUCAGGUCUGUCGAAAAGUCACUCGCAGAUAUGUGUGUUAUACUUUUCUUGCCAAUAUUACCGUUAUUACUGCAUGCAUUUUGUGAAAAUAUAAACUCUAUGAAGCCUGAAGCUUCAGAAAAAAUGUAAUUUGAGAACAGUUAGUGGACACCCUGAUAAUUUUUUGGCAUUUGCCAUCCAACAUUCGUUUUUGGUGAAUCUUAACUUUGAUCCUUCAAUCUACUUCAGCUCAUAAAAGUAAACUAUUUUCCAUGAUAUUUCAACAUAGUCUAAAGUCUUUUCGAGUACCGUCUUCUGUCAAUUAUAUGUUGAUAAUAGUGAAUCUAUUAACAUAGACUAGCACUAGCGUUUCAGAACUAUUUUAGGUGGAUGUUAAAAUUUGUUCUCUCAGCUAACUUGAAAUGUAGUCAAGAUCAUAUCAAUUGCUUCGUUUUAAUUUUAUACCAAAACUAUCCUGAUUGUAUAAAAACUUACCCAAAAGUAUCAGCGUUGCACAUCAAAAACUGGCAAAAAUACAGUUUCGAUGGCAUUUAUACGACAUACAGUAGGGGAGACUGUUGUACCAUGGAACAUUUUUUAUGUUUUAAUUUUUUGUAACUGUUUAUUUAACAAAAAAUGUAUGCCAAUGUGUUCGUUUAGGUGUUGGCUUUAUAUUUUUGUAAGAGUUAUCACUUAUUAGAAUUUAAAAUAGUAAUAAAAUGGAUAUUUUUACUGGCAUGUCAAAUGCUCCAUGGUACACAACCGUAAUGUACCAUGGAACAUGUACUCUUGUACCUUGGAACAUAAUAAAUCCCAGGUACUUUGGUAAAUGGAAUGCAAAAAGAGAGAUGUCCAGAGUAUUAUUUUUAAUAAAUCAUGUUCCAAAUGACUCACAAAUAAUAAAACCUUACAAAUAACUAAAACAACAAACAUUAGUGAAAAAAAAAUAUAAGAAAAGAUUUGUUUCAGCGUUUAACACAAAAAUCACAAAUAUAUAUUUUGCACCCUUCUUUAGUUGCAGCACAGAGUUCGUGGGCCCAUCCUAAGCAGGACAUGCAUCGGAUCCAUUGCUCUCCAUGAAUGUCAUUUUUGAACGAUUCAUUGCAAAAAAGGCACUCCUCGUCAUUGCUGUCCUCAUCAUCAGUUUCUACAAGAUGAACUAUAUCGUCCUCCUCUUCAGAAGAUGAAUAUUGAACUUGUUUCCUUUGCUGAUUCUUCUUCUGCCUCCUUACUUUUAAUUUUUUUGAUUUGUCUUUAUUUUGUUCAUUUGUUUCUUCUAUAUUUAUACGACGUUUAAAGGAGACUUUCUUUUCAUUUUUUAACCGUUCUUUUUCCGGAGUGUCUGUUGCAAUCAUGGUUUUGCCACGCUUUCUUCCUUUAUUGGUAGCUUUUCUUGGUUUUGCUUUUGGGUAAGGUACAACGUCUUCAGGUAGUAAGUUUACAAUGUCCGUUGAUGAUUUUCUUUCUGUUAGUAUGGGAAACUGAUUUGAGUCAGUAUUUAUUUUGAUUUCGGAAGUACCUGGUUUACUAAGUGUCUCUUUUGAUAUGUUCAAAUUUGGUUGAUAUGGCCCUUGUAAAUUAAAGUCCACACUGGUUCCAGGAAACACUGCUUUAGGCCUAUUCUCAGAUUCCUUUUCGAAAUUAUGAAGAGUGAUUGAGCCUUCCUUUGCAUCAUUUGGGCCAAUAGAUUUUGGAUCUGGCCUAUCAGUAGCAUAUGCUGGUAAAAAGUCUUCUUCAGAAAAAAUGUUUCUGUCAAGUGGGAAAAUACCGGCUUUCCGGAAUCCAUUGCAAAUGUUUAUUGGACAGAACGCACGUGGAUAUGCCUUGCCAACUACUUGUCCAACAGCAUAAAUGUCAAAAGUCUGUCCAGGGUUGUUAAACAACCAUUCCGUCACUAACUGGUUGUAAUGGCAUUUAAAAGAUCCGUUGACUGACAAGUCUAGGGGUUGCAAUUUAUGAGAAGUGUGUGGGGGGAAUGUCACAAUGACAACGCCAUUGUCUGAAGCCAAAUUAAGAGUUUUUAAGUUUAAGUGGGUUUCAUGAUUGUCCAUAACUAAAAGUACACGAUCUGACUUGGAUGGCCUUACACUUUUUAUGAAAUGAUUCAUGAAUUGUAAGAAAGUAUCUUCAUUUGACCACCCUGUCUGUGUAGCAGCCCCAACCGAUCCCGGUGGAGUGCCAAAUAACAUCCUCUCUUUGAAGUGUACACGGGGAAAAAUCAACAUAGGACUUAUGUGAUUUCCACUUGCACUGACUGCUGUUAUCAAUGUAACUAAAUUGCCACGUUCAGCAGAAGUCACACUACCAACCUGUCUUAUUCCUUUUGGUGCCACAUUUUUUCCAGGGGUUUGGACAGUGCUCAUGCCAGUCUCAUCAAUGUUCCAAAUCCGCUCAGCUGGAAUAGGUCCAAAGCGGUUAUGCACACUUUCAAUAUUAUCAAAGAAAGCACUGACAUUGGUUUUAUUGAAACUACUUGCCCUACUUAAGCUAGUAGCCUCAGGUGUCCUUAUAGAUAAGUCUGGGUGACGUUUCAUAAAAGCCCUCAUCCAUUCCUCACCUGCAAUUUGAUUCUGGUGCCAUGUAUCUGGAGAAGCUUUAUUAUUUGCUGCAGCAAACUUGAAAGCGAGUUCUCUUACACUUUUUUUCGUCAAGCCAUAAUUCAUUUUUGCCACCUUUUUUAUAUAAAGGAGCAAACAAUUCUCUUCAUAAUCAGUGAAUACUUUUUUGUUAUCCAGUCUUGGUUUAUAUUCGAAAGUUUGACUCUCUGAUUUUCGAAACCGAGAAAGAUGUCUUGACAAAGUUGUUAACUUAACACCAAAUAUUUUACAUGCUUCUCUUAAAGAUAUAUUUUCUGGAUCCAAAACUGCCUUAACAGCAUUUUCUAAUGCAGUAGAAUUAACAGGAGGUCUUUUGACGUUCAAUUUGCUGCGAGGCAUUUUACCUAAAACAAGAGAAAAACUCGAUAAAAAGUAUCGUCAUGUACCAUGAAACGUGUUCCAAGGUACAAGCUGUUUUAUAUUCCAAGGUGCAGGAAGGGACCUUGCCGAAACAAAAUCGCUUCCUAACCUACAAACUGUCGUAAACUGAUUGUUUAAGAGGAUGAAUCUACUCACCACAUUACAAGGACUUCUAUUAUUCUAAUAAAGUCCACAAUCCGACUAGCACCUUCGAUUAAAGAAAACGAAUUUGAAAUUAAAAAUUUUUACUUCUGUCUUUGAAAAAUAAUAUUUACUCACAAAAACCACGGGGUGAUCAGUAGAAAGCUCAAAUUAUUGUAAGGGAUCUGUAACGGUAAUCUAAUUUAGGAAAUUUAUUUUCCGGCCGCUAGAUGUCAGAACUAUGAAAAAAUGGUAUGUGUUCCAAGGUACACUAUGCCCAAGGUACAACAGUCUCCCCUACUGCCGGAUUUUUUGAGUCGCCAAUUUCAAAUCCGAGGCUAGUUUGACAUUUCAAUGUCAUAUCAAAGACACUUUCAAGAAAGCCGAGCUGUUAAGCCCAACCUCAUGUCAGUUAGGUGUUUUCUGGUGACCGAGUCCGAAUCGGAAGUCACUGCGAGAGCUUUUGAAAGCAAUUUCAAAGGCGCAAUCUUAUUAAAAAAUUCUCUGAAUAAUACUAACAUAAAAAAGUGAAGGUAAAAGUAUCAAUCCGUUCAAUGCACAUUAUAUGGGCAUUCAUACCCUAUUUAUCAUGAUCCAGAAUCAAUUUUGCUAUGUAAAAGUGAUGAAUGAUACACCACAACUUCAAGUUUAAUAGUGUGACAUAGAGUUGGAGUAAAUGAAGGCAAGUAUUUAUGGUAUUAACUUUGAAAUAUGUAACCAUUUUUAUUUGUUUUCGUUACGUUGUUUUUUGAAUUAUUUCAAUGUUUUUGUAUAAAUGGACUACUAUGCUUUGCUAGGGAGAACACCGGCAUCACUGAUAUGGUGUAUUUUGAAUGACACUAAAGUGACUAGUGACUAAACGAUUCUUGAGACGUUUUGACAUGUUGAACUAGUGGAAAAUAGUUGUAAUAUUCUAAUAUAUGAAUUUUGGAUCCUAGCUAAUUGUAUUUGAACUGAAAUUGAACACCAUUCAUAGUAAUUUCAAUAAUUGUAAUUGUUAAGAAUACAGAUAUAGUGGUUUGAUUAAUAAAAGCUAUGUACCCUUUGUGAUAUUUGUAAUGAAGAUAAUAACUUAUCUUUUAAAUCAUGUUGCCUUGUUUAAUUGUUUCAGUAUUAUUUGUAUGUACAAUAUUUCCUUGUAUAGAAUUUUUAGUAUUUUCUGUCGUACAGGAUGAUUAAUUGUAGUGAUAAAAGCUCAAUGAGUAUAUUUCCUGAAAUAAUUUUAUAAUAAUUAUCAAUUCGUGAGUUAUUUGUUGCGUGAAUAAUUUCUCUGUAACACUUUCGAUGUUUUUUUAUAUGUAUAUAAUGGCCAAAAAUAUAUUUUUUAAGAAUA